CCCCCCCCCCAUCCCCGAACUCCCCCUCCAAGCGACAAGACUUGCAACGUCCCGCCGCGCGUCCAAGUCUUUUUUUCUCACUCUUGUGCUCGUUCUCGUCUUGAUCAAAGUCGGUCCCCGGAUUCAGUCUCACCUUGAACGUUAAUCUCAUUCUACUUGAGAUUAGGUGGUCUGUCAGAUCUCCCAUUCCGGUCCGAACCUUCUUUUGCGCACUUCGCCCUUCCUGGAACUACCUACUACACCUACGGAGACAGGCUUCACCUACACCAAAUAUGGCAGCCUCUUCUCAGCAAUCCAAGGUUCUCAUCCUCGAUGGUGGCCUCGGCACCUCCUUGGAAGACAAGUACGGUAUCAAGUUCGAGUCAGCUACCACGCCUCUCUGGUCUACCCAUCUCCUUGUUGAUGGCCAGGACACUCUUCUCGCCUGCCAGAAAGACUUUGGAGAUGUACCCGUUGACAUCAUCCUUACUGCCACCUAUCAGCUGUCCAUCCAUGGCUUUGCCAACACCCGCAAUGCUCAGUUCCCCAACGGUAUCGACAAAGCCAACAUUGGAAAAUUCAUUCAGGACGCCAUUCGCAUUGCUGAUGAGGCAGGACGUUCGCAAGGAAGCAAGACGGCUCUCAGUAUCGGUCCCUAUGGAGCUUGCAUGAUCCCUGGCCAAGAGUACAGCGGCGCCUAUGACGCCGAGCACGAUACUCUCGAGAAGCUGCGCGACUGGCAUGCCGAGCGGCUCCAGCUUUUUCAAUCCGCCGGCGCUUUCUCAUCCCCCGUCAGCUAUGUCGCCAUUGAGACUAUCCCGCGCACCGAUGAGAUCCAGGCUGUGAGGCAGGCCCUGGACAAGACCCAAGCCUUGGCCUCUGACGCUCCCAUUCCCUUCUGGAUCGCAUCGCUUUUCCCCGGAGAGGAUGGCCUCCUGCCGGAUGGAUCUUCCAUCAAGGAAGCUGUGACGGCUAUGCUCAGCCGUGACGUCGCGACGAGCCAUCCCUGGGGCAUCGGCAUCAACUGCACCAAGGUGUGGAAGUUGGAGUCUCUCAUCCAGAGCUACGAAUCCGCUGUCAAGGAACUGAUUCAAGAGGGCGCCGUCGACGCCGCUCCCGCUCUCAUUCUCUAUCCGGAUGGCACCAACGGCGAAGUCUACAACACGACAACCCAAAAAUGGGAGCUUCCUCAAGGGUCACAACAUCCUACCUCGUCAUGGGAAGCCCAACUCUCACAAGUGGUUGCCAACGCCGAAUCUCGAGGUUUGUGGAAACAGAUUGUUGUGGGUGGAUGCUGCAAAGCAAGCCACGCUGACAUUGCUCGGCUCCGAACUGCAGUAGAAGGCCUAUCUCGGUAGAAAAACACAGGACGAACAUUUAUAGAUCGGCUUCCACCUCCGGCUCCGGCUCCGGCCUCGGCCUUCGGCACCGUGCCGAACUCCUCUCCCGGCCCUCCGAGAUCGACCACCGCCGG